CCAUUUUCAUUGUCUUUUCCUUUAACUGCAACUUUGAGUGUUUACACAGCGUUUACGCACCACAAGUAAAAUGUAGUAUGAUGUAGUUGUCGCCGUGUCAGAAGAGUAAAGUCAUUCAAAGUUGUGUGAAAGGCUGCCAUUAUUUCGUUUCGCUGCUGAGGCAGUAAAUCCAUAAAUCUUCUACUGAUUCUGGAAGGUCACAAACGAGACCAUGUUUGUUUAUUAUUUAUGUGAUCGUCAUACCCCUUUAUGUCUUGUCCAAAUCUGCUGUCUCACGUUUUGAAACUGUUCAAGUGUCGACAUUCCGCUUGAUCUUUGUCCCUGUGAGUCUUGUAUGCACAGCUUAUCAGCCAUCACUAUGUCCAUCAAGGUGACCUACUUCGAAAAGCCAGGUUGCUUAAAAUCUGCCACUCGUAGGCCUCCACACUUUAAUGUGAAGCAACAAGAGCUUGAGGUGCAUGCUGUCGGCACGAGAGAAAUAUUUGAAACACUGACUUCAGAUUCCCACGUCUCUACAUGACAACAACAAUGUCGACUGUCCUGACACUACUGUGUCUCUGUAGCCUCACCUUGUGGACCACCGCGGAUGGCAAGGUGUUGACUCCACAACUGACUUCCAGAAUUGAGGCUUUUGUGGAGAACCUCAUGCAGUGUCGUAAAGGUGUCGGCCUUUCGUUGGCCGUCGUCAAGGGUAACGAGACCUGGACUCGAGGGUUCGGCAUGGCUGACAAAGCCUCUGGACGACUGGUGAAUUCCUCCACUUUGUUCGGCAUCGGCUCGGUGACCAAGGCCUUCACCUCAACCAUCCUGGCCAUGUUGAUUGAGGAGAGCCGGGGGAAGUACACGUGGCAGACUCCAAUCAAGGACAUCCUUGGCAACGAUUUCCAGCUGGCAGACGAGUAUCUCACCAGUCACGUGACAAUCAAAGACAUUCUGCUUCACAGGACAGGGCUGACAACUUCCAUCAUCUCAUUAUACGCUGGAUACCCGGCCACGUUUACAAGAGAACAAUUUACAAACCGACUUCAGUAUCUGCCGGCAUCAGGACUGUUUCGUGACGAGUGGAACUACAACAACUGGAUGUACGGACUGGCCGGGAGGGUCGCCGAGGUGAUGGGGGGAGCAUCCUGGGAGGAGCUUCUACAUCAACGCAUCUUUCAGCCUUUGCAGAUGAAUGACAGUCGGGUCAUCGGGUACGAUGUGGAGGUGGAUGUGGACAACUUCGCCUUGCCUUAUGUUUAUGUUAGGAAUGAAUUGGUGCUGUCCGACCCUGUGAUUUACCAUAUACAUCCAGACGAACCUGCUGGCGCAAUCGCUUCUUCGGCAGACGACAUGGCGAAGUGGUUGUCAUGGCACCUACACGGAGGAGUGACGUCAGACGGUGACGUCAUUCUCAAUAAGACAACUCUCCAAGACAUGUACACACCUCGCAUUAUUCUGUCCCCUCAGAAAUUAACUUCUGACGCCAUGCUGAAGCCGCAGUUCCCUGUCACCUACCAGGACUUCGGCUAUGGUUACGCCUGGGUCACGUCUUCCUAUAGAGGUUACCCGAUUGUCUGGCAUUCAGGAGGAAUCAACAGCUAUAUUACUUAUUUGUCCAUGUUAAGAGACCUCGAUCUCGGUAUCUUCAUGACCACCAAUGGUUAUAAAAGCUCAGAUGUUAAGUACACCUUAGAGGAGAUCCUCUACUACAUAACUGAUCUGUUCCUGGGAGAAGAACCUUGGCUAAAUACAACAAACGCAUGCCAGUUUCCUCAGCCAUGGGUCAACACUACGGGUCAGACACCUUCAAAUGACACAAAUAUUGUCCCUGGAAACAUCGAAAAUCCUCAAGACUUUGCGGGACAAUAUGAGAACAGGUUGUUUGGAAACAUUGUCGUAGCUCAAAAUGGAAGCAAUGAACUGUUAGUGACCUAUGGCCGUAUAACAGGCAAACUAUAUAAGACGAAAGACCGCAAUGUUCUUGUGAUGGAAAUUUAUGGCCUUCUUGAGUUCUUAACACAUCCAGGAGAUAGUUUGCAGUACUAUAACCUGACCUUUACAAGGGGAGAUCAGAAUGUAAAGUACCAGCAGCUUCUGUUCAGUGCGGCGACCCAAGGUCCAACAGAAACUUUGGUUUAUUCGCGAACAAAUGUUUCAGCUCCUACUGGUGACACACUCAUCGGGCGCUACCAGGUGGUCUGGCAUUCAGGGUUACUCCACAGAUAUGACACUCGCUUGUAUCUGUUAAAAGACGUUGACCUUGCUGUCUUCAUCACCACCAGUGGUCAUGAAGAUCGAAAUGUAAAGUUAACCAUACAGGAGAUCUUCUUCUACAUAACUGAUCUGUUCCUGGGAGAAGAACCUUGGCUUAAUACAACAAACGCAUGCCAGUUUCCUCAGCCAUGGGUCAACACUACGGGUCAGACACCUUCAAAUGACACAAAUAUUGUCCCUGGAGACAUCGAAAAUCCUCAAGACUUUGUGGGACAAUACGAGAACAGGUUGUUUGGAAACAUUGUCGUGGCUCAAAAUGGAAGCAGUGAACUGUUAGUGACCUAUGGCCGUAUAACAGGCAAACUAUAUAAGACGAAAGACCGCAAUGUUCUUAUGAUGGAAAUUUAUGGCCUUCUUGAGUUCUUAACACAUCCAGAAGAUAGUGUGCAGUACUAUAACCUGACCUUUACAAGGGGAGAUCAGAAUGUAAAGUACCAGCAGCUUCUGUUCAGUGAAGGUCCAACAGAGACUUUGGUUUAUUCGAGAGUCUCAGAUUCUGCUUCUCCAAGCGAUACGACCAACGGAAGUUCAAAAACUCUAUUGUUUCCUAUUGUAACGGCCUUUCAGUGUAUGGUGGUUCAAAUGCUGGUGUCUACAAUCCUAAAGACUAGCUUCAGAUUCCCAAGUCUCUACAGGACAACAACAAUGUCCACUGUCCUGACACUACUGUGUCUCUGUAGCCUCACCUUGUGGACCACCGCGGAUGGCAAGGUGUUGACUCCACAACUGACUUCUAGAAUUGGGGCGUUUGUGGAGAACCUCAUGCAGUGUCGUAAAGGUGUCGGCCUUUCGUUGGCCGUUGUCAAGGGUAACGAGACCUGGACUCGAGGGUUCGGCAUGGCCGACAAAGCCUCUGGACGACCGGUGAAUUCCUCCACCUUGUUCGGCAUCGGCUCAGUGACCAAGGCCUUCACCUCCACCAUCCUGGCCAUGUUGAUUGAGGAGAGCGGGGGAAAGUACUCGUGGCAAACUCCAGUCAAGGACAUCCUUGGCAACGAUUUCCAGCUGGCAGACGAGUAUCUCACCAGUCAUGUGACAAUCAAGGACAUUCUGCUUCACAGGACAGGGCUGACAGCUUCCGCCAUUCCCUUAUUCGCUGGAUUCCCAUUCACAUUCACCAGACAACAGUUUACAAGCCGACUUCAGUAUCUGACGGCAUCAGGACAGUUUCGUGACGAGUAUAACUACAACAACUGGAUGUACUUACUGGCCGGGAGGGUCGCCGAGGUGAUGAGCGGAGCAUCCUGGGAGGACCUUCUCCACCAACGCAUCUUUCAGCCUUUGCAGAUGAAUGACAGCCGGGUCAUCGGGUUCAAUGUGGAGGUGGAUGCGGACAACUUCGCCUUGCCUUAUGUUCAUGUCAGGAAUGACGUGGUCCUGUCUGACCCGGUGAUUUACAACCUACAUCCGGGAGAACCUGCUGGCUCCAUCGCUUCAUCGGCAGACGACAUGGUAAAGUGGUUGUCAUGGCACCUACGGGAAGGAGUGACGUCAGACGGUGACGUCAUUCUCAAUAAGACAACUCUACAAGACAUGUACACACCUCACGUCAUCGUGUCCCCUCAGAAAUUGACUGCUGACAUCAUGCUGAAGCCGCAGUUCCCUGUCACCUACCAGGACUAUGGCUAUGGUUACGGCUGGGUCACGUCUUCCUAUAGAGGCUACCCGGUGGUCUGGCAUUCAGGAGGAAUCAACAGCUAUAACACUCGCUUGUAUCUGUUAAGAGAUCUUGACCUCGGUGUCUUCAUCACCACUAAUCUAAAUGUGGGGUUGACCAUACAGGAGAUCUUCUACUACAUAACUGACCUGUUCCUUGGAGAAGAACCUUGGCUUAAUACAACAAACGCAUGCCAGUUUCCUCAGCCAUGGGUCAACACUACGGGUCAGACACCUUCAAAUGAUACAAUUAUAGUCCCUGGGAACAUCGAAAAUCCUCAAGACUUUGUGGGACAAUAUGAGAACAGGUUGUUUGGAAACAUUGUCGUGGCUCAAAAUGGAAGCAAUGAACUGUUAGUGACCUAUGGCCGUAUAACAGGCAAACUACAUAAGACAAAAGAUCGCAAUGUUCUUAUGAUGGACAUUGAUGGGCUUCUUGAGUUCUUAACACAUCCAGGAGAUAGUGUGCAGUACCUUAACCUGACCUUUACAAGGGGAGAUCAGAAUGUAAAGUACCAGCAGCUUGUGCUCAGCUGGUUGGAGCAAGGUCCAUCAGAGACUUUGGUUUAUUCACGUGUAUCUGCUGCUGCUGCUGCUGCUCUCAACCUGAUCAACCUGAUGCGUUAAACGGAAGUUCAGAGACAUCCGUCUCUACUGUAAUGAUUGUUCAGUAUAUUUUUGUACAAAUACUUGUGCUUGCAAGUUUAUACAAAUAGACGAAAAAACGUGCAAAUACUGAUCUCUAGACCCAUCGGACAAUAAUUAAUAUUUGCUUAAUAAUAAUUGGUAUGGUGAUGAACAUUGUAACCCAGACAAUUACUAAUGCUUUACAAAUAAAUCUUUCUAUACAUCAUU